AUUAAAAAGUUUUUGCCUUCAAAAUCAAACUGCAAAUUCUAGGGUUUUGAAUUUCUCCAUUUGUGUGCUCGAGCUCGACGCCAACGCAAGAAGAAGAAUGGGUCACUCGAACAUCUGGAACUCGCAUCCUAAACUAUACGGACCUGGUUCUCGAACUUGCCGUGUAUGUGGCAACUCGCACGGACUUAUCAGAAAGUAUGGGCUCAUGUGCUGCAGACAGUGCUUCCACAGCAAUGCCAAGGAAAUUGGCUUUAUUAAGUAUCGUUGAUUAAUGGAUGGUGGAACAAUCCGACGUUGCAAUUUUCAAGCAGAAGCAUGUCAGUAAUCUUUUAGCCAUGAAAAUUUGGCAUUUAUUAUUUCUAAACUAAUGUUAUGUUUAGUGUAAGACUUUGUUGAUGAAGUUUGGUAAGAAUUGUUUUAAUUUCA